GCGGCCGGGGGAGUGAAGAAAAAGGGGAAAGAAGGCGGCGGGUGCAGGCUCGGCGCCGGGCAGCCCGGCAGGGAGGUCCUGGCGGGGCGGAAGCGGGCUGCGGGGCCGCUCCCGGUGGCGACGCGGAGGGCGAGAGGCGGAGAAGGAGCAGCGACCAGGAUCGGACGGGGAGGAGGACGGAAGCAGUUCGGCCUCAAGCUGCGUGGUAGCUGUGAUCACGAAGCUGUUGCGUCAGAUGCCUUCUGAUAGCUUUUGGCAAUAAAAGUGCUUCGUAGGGUGCGGAGUCUCCUGUUGGAUCCGCACUAAGUAAGAACGCUGACGGACUGCAAUAAACUGAGCGUUUGCAGCUGCAUUCCUUGAGAAAGACAGAAGACAGAUUCUUUCAACCAUGGCAAACCAGGCGUUUUCCCCAGAGGCUGCUUUCCCUCAUGGGAGGCGGAGGGAGAAAUGGGACCCCAGGCUUCUUUCAAGGGCAAGGACUUGCUUGGGAAAAAACGAGAAUGCCUCCAGGCCUACAGCUGGUGGAGAACACCACAGAAAAAACGAAAGAAAAAGAACAAAAUAAAACCAGGAAGAAUAGAGUUUGUUAGUAGUAGUAGUUCAGCCAGACCAGAUUAUUCAAUAUUUGUUGGGGAGCUUACCCCAGAAGUGGAUGAUUUCCAGCUCUAUGACUAUUUCCUAAAGAGGUAUCCCUCAUGUAUUGACUGCAAAAUAGCAACAGACCUGCUGGGAUAUUCCAGAGGGUAUGCCUAUGUCAGAUUUGGUGAGCAAGGUGAUCAGAUGAGGGCACUGCAAGACUGCCAGAAUGCACCAGGUCUGGGGGGAAAACGAAUCCGGCUGAGCAUAGGAAUUUCUAAAAGACUGAAAGCAGAAUUCCAGCGGUACCAGUCAUACAACUAUAAUGAUUAUUACCAAGAUUAUCAGAACUACUACUCGCAGUGGAGUUACGAUGCUUAUGCUGAGUACAACUACAGCUCCUAUGCUCCCUAUGACAGCAUGCAGGCUGUUGGAGACUGCUCUUUAGGAGAUGCUGUAAUGGCUCCAGCUCUUUUUGAGGAAUCUUCAGUUAUGACUGAAAUCAGUGAUGACCUAAUGACUGAAGAUCCACAGCUCUACUUGGAUGUUGAUGAAAUGAACAGACAGUUUAUGGAGACAAGCGAAGAACUCUACGAUUCACUCAUGAAUUGUCACUGGCAACCUCUGGAUACGGUCACUUCUGAAAUCCCCUCUGCUAUUUAAGUGUCUUAUAUAGCAUGACCGUUAUGACCAAGGGAUGCUCUGGACCAACCGCUUCUUUCUAGCGCUACCUCAAAGUAACUUGCAGAUAGAACUCACAGGGAAGAUUGAUCAAAUGGUGAUGAUCGCUGUCAUUCUGCUGGACACGCAUAUACUUGCCUUUCGUUUUGGCUCAUUUUUAAUACCAAUUAACUUGAGUGACUCACGUUAAUAGACACCGUUUGACUGCAUCGGCAAAUAUUUCUGAGUCAUGAGUGUCAUUAAAGGCCCGUCACCCUAUGGAAAUCCUUCUAAAUAAGAAAAAUGGAAUUAAAAUAAAUAAAUAAAGCAGCAUUUGAACUUAUGAGCAAA